AUGGGUCAAGAAAUGGAUAAAAUGGUUAAGAAAUUAGGAGAACAUUCUGGUACGGACCUUCCCGACCUGGAAACACUGGGGAGUCAACUGGAAUUGCCGAGUCCGGAAGAAAUGAAAAACCAGUUAGAACAGCUGCAACAACUGGUCAGAGGAGAAUCUUCUCAGGGUGACCAGAGACUGUCUACACUAAACAAGUUGUUCAGGAAACAACACAAGAAACUAUCGAAACUAGGAAAAAAAAUGGUAUCAGACAGCGACCUUAUUAAAAUGUUCAAAGAGCAAGGAGACAUCAAUCUACUUGAUAUCGAUGUAGAUGCAACACCUCUGAUGGUGUGUGCUGGUCUGGGAAAGACGAAGGUGGCAGAGACAUUGCUAGAUCAGGGAGCCGAUCCUCGCGUAAAAAAUGGAAGGGGUCACACUGCGCUUCUAAUUGCCUGUGCAGGAGGACAAGCCGAUUUUGUUCGGCUUUUACUUUCUAGGAACGUCAACAUAAAUGAUACAGAUUAUCAAGGCGAUACAGCUCUAAUGUGUGCAAUUAUUGGAUCAAAUGGGGCCGUCGCCAGGGAACUGAUUGAUCAUGGAGCUGACAUCCAUGUAAAGAAUAACAAGGGUGAUACAGCUUUAAACAUAGCAGCCUAUAAUGGACUAAAUGACAUUGUCCGCCUGUUGAUUAAAGGGGGCGCGGAUGUGAACACGAGUGACAGAAGAGGUUGGACACCACUGAUGAGCUGCAGUCAGUUUAACCUGUUUGAGACAAUGGGAAUACUGGUAAAGGCAGGAGCUGAUGUAAACAGAAAACAGGUGUCAGGUGGCACAGCUCUCGAGAUAUGCUCUGGCCAUGGUCAUGUGGAAAACAUGAAAAUUCUCUUAAAAGCCGGUGCAAACAUUGACAAUAUAAACAAGAUAGGACUCACAGCUUUAAACAUAGCAGCCAAUCAAGGGAAGAUAUUGGCUGUGAAAAAGCUUAUCAAGCACAAGGCAUCUGUAAAUAUCAAGGAUAAGCAUGGACGCACGCCCCUUUUCAACAGUGCUCUUUCUGGCUAUGAAAGUAUAGCGGAUAUGCUUCUCAAAGCUGGAGCAGAGCCGGAUAUCGUUGACGAUGACGGCGACACAGCCUUGAUGUGUGCUUGCCUCAAGGGAUACACUGGAAUAGCUGAGUUACUGCUUGAAAGCGGUGCCGAUGAUACGAUCUGCAAUUAUAACGGUGCAAAUUCUUUAACUAUGGCUGUGCAAAACGGUCACAGACAAAUUGUCCGGCUACUGCUGGCUCGACAUGAAGCUGCCUAUCCUGAAAUCAAUAAGAAAGGCAAAAAAGGGAUGCCAUUACUUCUCAAAGCUGCAGUCAAUGGUAAUGCUGAAAUUAUGAAGAUGUUAAUUGAAGCUGGUGCAGAUGUGAAUGUCGUAGGCGAUGAUGGCAGGACAGCACUGGUUUUAUCUGCUGUCUUUGGCCGCACUGAAUCCUUACGCUUGCUUCUUGCUAGAAAGGCGGAAGUGAAUGCAUCUGAUAAAGACGGAGACACGGCAUUGAUGUUUGCUGCAUUGAGAGGAUAUUUGAAAAUUGUGGAAGCUUUGGUGACUGCUGGGGCAGAUGUUAAUUUGUCUAACACAAAUGGCCGGACAGCGUUGAUCAAUGCAGCAUACAAUGGUCAUCAUUCUGUCGUAGAGUAUUUGUUAACAAACAAAGCUGAUGUCAAUGCAGAAGAAGCAAAAGGGUGGAACGCAUUAAUGUUGGCAUCUCAGUUCGGACACACUUCAGUAGUAUCUGAACUUCUCAGCAAAGGAUCAUCUAUCAAUACUAAAACUGUAGCAGGCGCUACACCCAUUAGCAUCUGUGCAUCAAAUGGUCACAAAGACACUGCUGAAAUUUUGCUUGACCAUGGCGCAUCAGCUGAUAUCCCCGAUGAAGAUGGUGAUACACCAUUAAUGGAUGCAGCAGCAAAAGGUCACACUGGAAUAGUUGAGCUUUUAGUUAAAAAUAAAGCAGAUGUUAACAUUGCUAAUCACAAAGGAAGCACGCCGCUUAUAGUGGGUGCUAACUUUGGACACGCAGAUAUUGUAAAUUUAUUGCUGGAAAGGAAACCUGAUGUCAAUAAAAUUGGCAGUGAGGGUGCCUGUGCCAUCCACACGGCAGCUUUAAAUGGGCAUAGACUUAUUGUGGAAGCUCUCAUUAAGCAUGGAGCAAGAGUUGAUAUUGUUGACAAAAAGAAACGAACUGUUUUAAUGAUGGCAGCAUACAAGGGAAAUGCAGAUAUAGUUUCUUUGCUACUGGAGGAGUGCAGUACAAAUGUGAAUCAAUGCAACGAAGAAGGGUGGACACCAUUAAUGUACAGCACCCAGUUUGGACACACAGAAUGCAUGAAGAAACUGUUGGAUAAGGGAGCCGAUACAGAAAUAAAAGACCACAAAGGAAAUACUGCUUUGAAUACUUGCAGUGCUAAUGGUCACAAAGAAGCAGUUCGCUUGUUACUGGAUAAGCACGCCAACGUAAACACACAGAAUAAUGUUGGUCUUUCACCUCUGAUGAUCAGUGCCAACAACGGUAACACAGAGAUUGUGAAGUAUCUUCUUAUCCACAGUGAAAAUCCUAAGCCAGAUCUAGAACUCAGAGAAUAUGUAAGAGGAGAAACAGCCUUAAUCAUGGCUGCCAGGAGAGGACAUUCUGACAUCGUCAAAGCCUUAGUCGAAAAAAAUGCCAACAUCAAUGCCACCAACAUACACAACAGCACGGCACUGAACAUAAGCUGCCAGUAUGGCUUGACUGAUGUUGUGAAAUGUCUUUUAGACAAUGGUGCCGACGUGAAUCUAGCGGACAAAGAUGGUGAUACGCCCUUGUUAUCAUGUGUUGUAAGCAAUAAUAGCCUUAUUAUACAACGACUUCUGGAUGCAAAGGCAGACGUUCACAAGAGAAACAAUAAACAGAAAACAGCUUUACAAAUCAGCGCUGAAGCUGGCUGUCGCCAAUCUGUGUUAUGUCUUCUAAAGAGCGUAAAGUUUCCGCCAGAAGAAAUACAAGAAGCUUCUGAGGCAGCGAAAAGAUUCAUGCACGAAGACUUGGCAGACUUGAUUUCAAGUCCAGAGAUUUCCUUCUGUGCAGAAGCGUCAACUGCACCAGAAACAACAGGAAAACGUUUAUUGAAGACAACACCACAGGAUAGAACGCCAGCAGAUGAUGGAAUCUAUAGCUUCAUGAAGAAGAAGUCGAGACACCCAAGCAAUGAUUCAAAUAACGCUUCCAAUCGUCAUGAAGAAUCAAACAGCAACUUUACAAUUUCUGACCUGUUUAAGGACUUGAAGAAAAAUGUAAAUCGUAUUAUCCUUCAAGAAACCAACAUACACGUGAACGCCACAAACGCAGCGAUCAACAAUUCAUCUCUGCACGCUAUUAGCAGAUCUAAGUAUGACAGCGAUGAUGAGAAUUGA